AUGACAGUGUCAAGGCAACUGGGAGCUCUAAGUGGAGCCAAAAUGGGGCCCGGGGCGCGGACCCGACAGGUGUUUCCACUUCAACCUUCCUCAGAUUCUGAGCCAGAAACAGAGAGAGUUGGUGGUGGUGUCAUUCAGCCCAGGACAGAUGAGCUGUUGGAAUUUCUCCAGCCAAGCAAGGAAAUGGUAGCUGCCUCAAACUCAGCUGAGGGGUAUUCUGACACACUGCAGGCACUCAAGAUGAAAAACAGACAAUAUCUAUUAGAACUGGGUUUGCUCUACCAGGUAAAAUUGGAGAAUGACCAGAAACCCUUCAAGGAGGAUCUGGAAGACUUCUUCCAAGACAACGGGCGAUUGACUCUGCAGGGCAAGCCCUAUGAGGCUUCAAGAUCUAGUAUCAUAAGCCAGUCCAGUUCUUUAACUGAUCUAAACUUGGACAGUCCUCGGGAUCAGCAAAAUCCUCUCUCACUUCCUCAGUCCCACCUGAGGCCAAAGAGUGCUGCAUCUGCCUGGGUCUCUACUAUCACCAUCCCCCAGCCCUUCAAGAUGACUCUGCGUGAGGCUCAUAAAAAGCCCCAGUUGAUGAAAUCACGUGCAUCCCUUGAGCUGGAAAAACAAAGGGACAAAAGACAAAGUCAGGAGGAGGCAGAGUGCCAGAAGCAGUUCCGCGCACAGCCGGUGCCUGCCCAUGUCUACUUGCCACUCUACCAGGAAAUAAUGGAGCAGAAUGAGAUUCGCAGGGAGGUGGCAACACAGAAGAGAAAAGAGUUGCUCCUUUCCACUCAGCGACCCUUCAGCUUCCUGGAGAAGGAGGACAAGAAAAAGGAGGCCAUCAGACAGAAGAUCUUGGCAGCACUGGCUCCAGUUGAGAACUCCAAACCAAAAGGCAACAAGACAGUCCCUAAAUUCAUCUACAACCCAGUUCUUGGGGAUAAACUCAAAGAAGCUGAACUCUACAGGAAAAUUCGCAUUCAGAUGAGAGCCAAGGAUUUGUUGGAAAACUCCUCAGCUCCUAUUGAUCCUAGCAACAGACAAAGAGAGCCACAGUCCCGAAUCGCCACCAAAACCAAACAAGAAAAACUCAGCUUCCUGCAAGACGACUUCAGCUUUAAACCAAGAAUUAACCCAGAGGUGCCUGAUUUUGAAAGACUUUACUGGGCGUUUCAGAGAGAAGCAAUAAGGAUACGAGAAGUCAAAGAGCCAACUCGUAAUCAACCAUUUAAACUGAGAACCUCCAAUCUCCACUACAGGCAGAGACAGGCUAAUGAGCAGAAAAUGAAGCAGUCUUCUAAGGCUCCGGUGCAAAGAAGUCGUUCUCUGACUGGUCUCUCCUCUCUCUCUUCCAACACCCUUCCAGUGCACAUUACAGAUGCAACAAGAAAGAGGGAAUCUGCUAUUAGAUACUGCCAGGAAGACAAAAAGAGCAGGGAGAAUGAAGGAAUUCAUUGGAUGGAGAUACAGAGAAAGAAAUGUCAGGCUAUGCAUAAAUCUAUGAGCAGUCGAGCAAAAGCAAUGGAUCCCCAUAAAAGCUUGGAGGAGACGCACAAGGAGAAGCUGAAACAGAACUGGCAGAAUGACCGCAAAAGAACAAAGGAGUACAAAAAAGAACUGGAAGAAAUGCAGCUACGAGUUAAGAACCGACCAUACCUCUUCGAACAGGUCACAAAGCAUGAUGCCCGGCAAGAGGCAGAGCGACACUACCGAGACACCCUUUGUCAGGUGGGGCUGAAUGAGGAAUUUGUAAGGAACAAAGGGAGAGAUGCUACUGACCUACCAAAGGAGGAAGAGUCUGAAACUCACAGAGCUCAGGAGUCUCAGAGGGACACAGACAUUGGCACUGUACAGGAAGAAGAAUCUUAGGAAGAGCAGAGCACAAAGAAAAUAACAUAAGAACCCUGCAUAAGACUCAGUGGACCUUCUUUCCAUUAUUUCCUUUAGUCCAAGAUUCUUGAGAGCAGCAGUUCCAAACUUUUUACCUGCAGACUUACUGCUUCCUGUGACCUGACAGCUUGGAGGAUGCCAUUUUGUAGAGCAGCAUGGUGUCUGCCACACCGCAUGAUCUCACACACACUGUACAUGCAAGGUCACAUUGUGUAGAGCAAAAUGGCAUCCUCCACACACACAGGAGCACUGUAAACGCAUCCACUGAUGGCAUGACUGUAGUCCCAUCUGCCGAUGGCACAAUCCCACUUGAGGGUACAACCCAUAGUUUGGGAACCGUUGUUCUAGAGUUUCGACAGUAGAACCUCAGAGUUAUGAACACCUCAGGAAUGGAGGUUAUUUGUAACUCUGAAAUGUUUGUAACUGAACAAAACAUUAUGGUGGUUCUUUCAAAAGUUUACAACUGAACAUUGACUUAAUACAGCUUUGAAACUUUACUAUGCAGAAGAAAAAUGCUGGUUUCUCUUUAUUUUUAGUAGUUUGCUUUUAACACAGCACUCUACUGUAUUUGCUUCCCCUCUCCUCCCCCCCCGGGCUCUGCUGCUGCCUGAUUUUGUACUUCCGGUUCCAGAUAAGGUUUAUAGUUGGGCAGUUUGUAACUCAGAUUCUACGGUAUUUCCAAGUGACUGACUUAAGAGAAAGCUGCUGUGGUUUGAAUGACAUAGGAAGACUACACACAGGAGUGAGAAGGUUAGGAUUGACUCUUGCCUCUCCCCAUAGUCCCCUCCUAAAUCCCUCAAAAGUGUUCCCCAACUGACUCAUUUCCCUGUCCCUUGGUUUGAAAUCUGAAAACCAGACUAACAGUGAGACUGCUUGAAGCAGAGAGAGAGGAGGGUGAUGGGUUGGGGCACUAUUGCUGAAAAGGAGAGGUAGACCUGAAGGCGAAUGACAUGUACACUUGCGUUCACUUCCUUUGUACUCAAAAGAUUCUGAAUGGAAAGGGCAAAUUUAGUAGAUUUUAAAAUUCUGCUCUGAAACUGUCUUUUUGAUGUUGAUUUCUGUUGAUGUUUCAUAAUGAAUGUGUAUGUUGAAGUGGAUUUUAAGUAAGAUAUUUGUACAGAAUAAUAGGUUUAUGGAUUUGAAUUCCCCUGGGGAGAAGACUGGAAAAGAAGCUCUUCUCUAGCAUCUUGCCUCUGUACCAGCUCAACAGCAGCUCUGCUCCUCUCCUAUUAUUCUGGAGACACAGUCUUGCCAUAAAAGUUGCAACCACUUUCCAUUAUAAAGCUCUAUUUUAGCCCCUUGUAACUUUGGCUCAGAUCAUGGGUUUGGCCUGAAAGUGGUAUGAUUUACUAUGAAGGGUGUCGGUGCAAGGUUUGAGGCAAUUCAUCACAUUUUGAGCUCCCUGUAAUUAAAAAGCUAUCCUAAUCUGAAGUUUGGACUCCUGUCCAAUAUUAUUCUCUCCUAGCUCAAAAUCAGUUUAAGGGGUUUUAACAAAGUUCUCUAAAGUCUCAUACUGCCUAUAUGCUGUAAUUAAGCAAAGUUCAUAGAAAUGUAGGGUUGGAAAGGAACUUGAGAGCUCUUCUAAUCCAACUCCUUGUGCUGAGACAGGGCCAAGUAUACCUAGACUAUUCCUGACAGAUGUUUUCUAACCUGUUCUUAAAAACCUCCAAUGGCAGGGAUUCCAUCACCUACCUUAGAGGCCUAUUCUAGCGCUUAACUAUCCUUAUAAUUAGAAAGUUUUUCCCAAUAUUUAACAUAAAUUUCCCUUGCUGAUUACUUCUUGUCCUACUUUCCUAGAACAUGAACAAUUGAUCACUAUCCUCUUCAUCACAGCCCUUAACAUUUUAAACAUUGUCAGGUCCCCCCAUAUUUUAACACUAGCAUCAAGUUGUCUUUUUUCAAAACUAAAUACACCGCUAACUUGAUAUAACACGACCCGAUAUAACAAGAAUUCGGAUAUAAUGUGGUAAAGAGUGCUCUGGGGAGACGGGGCUGCAUACUCCGGUGGAUCAAAGCAAGUUCAAUAUAACACAGUUUCACCUAUAACGCGGUAAGAUUUUUUGGCUCUCGAGGACAGCGUUAUAUCGAGGUAGAAGUGUACAUCAAUUUUUUUAAUCUUUCUUCAUAAAUUAGGUUUUCUAAACCUUUUAUCAUUUUUGUUGUUCUUCUUGGUACUUUCCAAUUUGUCCACAUCUUUCUUAAAGCGUGCCACCCAGAACUGUCAAAUAGAGCAGGACAGUUACCUCCCACUUCUUACAUACAACAUUGCAGUUAAUGCAACCCAGACUGAUAUUAGCCCUUUUUUGUAACUGCAUCACAUUGUUGACUCAUAUUCACUUUGUGAUCCACUCUACCCUCCCACGCCCCAAUCCCUUUCAGCAGUACUACCACCUAGCACUUAUUCCCCCUUUUGUAGGAAGAAAAAAUUAGAUGCACCCCAAAGUAUAGUACUCUUCACUUGUCUUUACUGAAUGUUUGUGUUGAUUUCAGACUAAUUCUCCAAUUUGUCACAGUUGUUUUGAAUUCUAAUUGUGCUGCAAAGUGUUUGCACCCCUCCCAACUUAGUGUCAUUUGCAGAUUUUUAUAAGCAUAUUCUCCACUCCAUGAUGCAAGUCAUUAAUGAAAACAUUGAAUUUUACCAGACCCAGAAUAGACCCCCUACCAAACUCCCCUCUUUCACAGUCAACCAUUAAUUACUACUCUGAAUACAGUCUUUCAACCAGUUUUGCACCCACCUUACAGUAAUUUCAUCUACCACACAUUUCCCUAGUUUGCUUUUUUGUUGUGGAUGGUUUGGGGACCAGUUCUACUCCUCUUGAUAUCAGUGGCUGUUAGGGGACCAAGCCUGUCCCCAUUAACAUUACUGUGAUUUUUUUCUAGAUGGAUUUCAGUGGGACCAGGCACUAUAUACAAGUAUGUCCACUCCACUGCUUGCAUCUUAAAUGAUAUAAAGGGUAUUUCUAUAACUGACAGCUAAGAGAGAUCUUCCUUCAGAUAACAGUGGGGGUGGGGGUCUGUUUUUUUAGGGGUAAGUCUCAUUGACAAUUAAAAUAUUUUCUGAAAAUGUGCAUUAUGUCAAAGUGCUUUGAGAUUAAAAGAUUUUAAAAUGUUUUUUUAA